UUCGGUUGAUAUUCGGUCAUUUUGCCGAUGUAGAACAGCGAUAGUGUAGUUUAAUCUCCAGGUUAGCGUUUGAAUGAAUGCUCACUCACUCCUAAAACUGAAAUGUCGACUAAAUGUAAUCGAUUAAAGUCGACCAAUCGACGUUAGUUCUUACUACUUGAACACUUUGAUUGCACAUUAUGACCCAGAGAGAUAAUUCAGUGUGUAUUUCGUAUUAAACCUCAUUUGUUCAACAGCUAGACUCUUUUGUGUACAUUUUGUACUUUCUCGAAGGGGGCGUGUCCUCUCUGUGCGGUCUGUGACGUCAUUACGCGCGACAAAGUAUCCUUCCUUCCUGUCCGCGUGGGUCUCCCUCUCCUGCCGUCGUCGCAUGCUACAAAAACACAACAGACAUGAGUGCUGUGGGAUUCUGCGGAGAGUGGUUUGUCUUCACCUGCGACACCAAACUGGUGGCAGUCAACACCAGACAGGACAGAGAGCCGUUUGUGUUUGACUGCAGCGCUGCAGAGAAGAGGCCGAAGAACACAAAGCAGGACACCAGCAGUGAUGCUGGAGCAUCAGAGGAAACAGGAAGUGACAAAGUCCUGGCCUUCGCCGUGUCUCCUUCAGGAAAGCUGGUGGUGCUGACGGAUGACAACAAGAGGCUGGUCCUGUUUCGCUGUGAGCCCUCAUGGCAGUGCGUCAGCGUCAGGUGGGUGGUGAGGAGGUGCACCGCCCUGCUCUUCAGUCAGACUGAGGACGAGCUGCUAGCUGGGGACAAAUCAGGAGACGUUUACUCCUUCUCGGUGACGGAGCCACAGAGGGAGGGGGAGCUGAAGAUGGGACACCUGUCCAUGCUGCUGGCUGUAACCAUUUCCCCGGACAACAAGUUCCUCAUCACAGCCGACCGCGACGAGAAAAUCCGAGUGAGCCACCUCAGGUCCCCGUACAACAUCCAGUCCUUCUGCCUCGGACACCAACAGUUCGUCAGCUGCCUGCUCGUCCCUGCAGGUCAUCCACACUGGCUGCUGUCUGGAUCAGGGGACGGGACGUUGAAGCUGUGGGAGUUCGAGUCCGGUCGUAAACUGCAGAGCUGCGACCUCAGUGAGCUGGAGGAGACGCCUCCGCCUGACGCCGACAAACAGAAGAAGCCCACUGUGUGCCGCAUCAGCAGCUCACCGGAUGCUCAGCAUGUGGCCGUGCUGUGUGACAGAGUUUCCACGCUUCAGUUCUUCUCUCUGAAAAAAGACUCCGAGCAGAAAAUCGUCCCUCACAGCAGGCUCCCUCUGCCUCACUGUUCCACAGACAUGACCUUUGACCCCGAGGGUCGGCUGUGGGUGCUGAUGGACUCCAGAGAAACACCGCUCCAGAUCUACACACGGACACAGGACUGCUGGGAGAGUGCUGCGGAGAGCGCCGAGCUGCGCCGAGCAACCGCAGCCCUGCAGCCUCACAGGGAGACCCUUCAUGCCGCCAUGAAGUCCAGCAGCCGGUACGAGAACCUGUACAAGGUGACCUUCGACAACGUGACGGCGUACCAGCAGAAGAAGCAGCAGAGGCUGGAGGAGCAGCAGCUGAAGAGGACGGCAGCUCAGAACACCAACGGGAACAAGAAGAAGAGGAGGGAGAAGGAGACGACGGAGGCUGUGACGCAGUCCUCAUGAACGGACCAAUGAAAAGAGGGUCUGUGUUUAUGAGUUUUUAUGUUUGGCUCUAAUUUCUGAUUAUUUUUACUAAUAAAACCAAAAGCUGUGCCUUGUUUCCUCCAUCACCGCCGUGGUUCUGAUUCUGCACAUGUCAGCACGCCGCUCUGACCUCAUGAACAUCACAACACAUUUUUGAUGCCGUGCAGUGAAUAAAUUCAGCCGCUCUGUAUUAGAGGAGAGAGUUUGAGUCGUAUUAAAACGGAAAUAUGAACAUCAUGCGGACAGAACAAAGUGAGAGAAGCUGCUUUGGAGGAAGGCCGAUGAGGAGCAACAAAGCCGUCAGCCUUCUAGUCAUGGACAGGACUGGAAAACGAGGCGGUGCAGAGCGUUACAUUUUAGGACAACGUUUGGAUUGUGAUGUCGUAGAGCUGCAGUCAAUUUGAUGUUUUCGACUUUAAAGUGUGCAGAUUUCAUUUCUU